AUGGCGGACACUGGACAUCGUUCUUCGCAUCCCGCUCUGGGGAACCUGCCGUCCAGCGAUGCUGAAUCGUCACGGAAGAGCGAGAUGGGGCUUGAGGGGGAUAUCGACGUGGUGUCCGUUAACCCGGCGCUCGUGCGUUCAGCACAGUGGAAGAUAGACUUGGUCGUGAUCCCAUUGGUCACAAUGUACUAUCUUCUCGCAUUUCUGGACCGCACCAAUAUAGGCAACGCGAGAGUUGCUGGGUUGACUAGAGAUCUGAACAUGUCAUCCCAUGACUUCAGCGUAGCACUGACCAUCACAUACGUGCCAUACAUUCUCAUGGAGCUACCCAUGAACUUGCUCAUGAAGAAGCUCGGUCCAAAUAUCACACUGCCUCUCAUGGUCACGUUAUGGGGAAUGGCCACUGCGUGUCAGGGUGCCGCCAAGUCGUACGGAGGUUUAUUAGCAUGUCGCUUCUUCUUGGGUGCACUCGAAGGCGGCAUACUUCCCGGAAUCACUCUCUACAUUUCAUCCUUCUACCGAAGGCAUGACAUGCAGUUGCGCUUCGCCAUGGUGUUCAGUGCUACUUCACUCGCCGGCGCAUUCUCUGGUCUGCUGGCUGCCGCGAUAGAGAAUCUGACUGGAGAUAGGAACCUCGCUGGUUGGGCGUGGAUCUUCAUACUGGAAGGCGUCUUUACUUCAGUGUUCGGGAUAGUCUCAUACUUCAUCCUCCCCAUCGCUCCUCACGAUGCCAAGUUCUUGUCUUUGCCUGAGCGGGAGGCAUAUGUUCAAGCACUCGUGCAGGACUGGAGCGGUGACGCCGACGAGGAUGGCGAAGAAGUCGAAAUGUUCUCGUGGUCGGAGGUAACUUCGGUGUUCACGAAUGCGCCGCAUGUCCUGCUCAUAUGGCUCCCGCUCUGCUUCAACGGUCUCACGCUGUUCGGACUCGCCAACUUCACGCCGACCGUUGUCGGGGCUUUCGGGUAUUCCACCAUCCGCACACAGUUGCUAACAGUUCCUCCAUAUGCGUGCUCUUUCGUGGUCAGCCUAUUGGCCGCAAGGUACUCGGACAAGUACAAGCAACGCGGAGCAUUCGCCAUUUUAGGCGCCCUCAUCUCUGCGGCCGGUUUCGCUAUCUUCCUCGCCACAGGGAACAAACAUGCCGGCUACGGUGCUCUAUUCCUCCAGAUCAUCGGCACCUUCACCUCAGCGCCUUGCAUCGGAACCCUGCUCGCAAACAACGUCCAGCCUCACUACCGCCGAGCUUCUGCCAUCGCCGUGACUUUCCUGGCCACGAAUAUAGGUGGCAUCGUGUCCACGUGGAUAUUCGUUGAUCCUCCUCGCUUUCACGUUGCGUCUAGCGUCAACCUCGCCGUUACGCUCGCUGGCGCUGCAAUAAUUGGGGUGCUGAUGGUCCAUCUGAGCCUCGCCAAUGGGCGCAAGCGGGAAGAGAUUGUUUGCCUAGAGCGCGAGCAGCCUGAUGGGGCCUGGAACACGCGCGCCGAGCGACGGCGCCUCGGAGAUCGCCACCCUCACUUCAGGUUUACUUUGUAG